AUGUCCCGACCGCAGCUCUUCGUUCCCCAGCCGGGGCAAUCAGGGCCGUCCAAUUCGCUACCUUCAGGAUGGCAGUCCGUUCCGCAAGGCCCUCCUGGACCGUUUGAUCAAUUCAGUGGACCGCCAGGAUACCGUCCACCGGCUGGCGGAGCAGGGAUGCAGCAGCAGCAGCAGCAGCAGCAGCCGGGAUUCGGCUUCGGUCCGCCACAGGGGCCUCCUGGCGGAAUUGGCGGAGGUGGCGGAUUUGGAUUCGGGGGCCCUGCGCCCGGCGGAGGACCCAUGGGUCCGCCGGGAAUGAUGGGAGGUCCGGGGGGAGGAGCGGAUGGGGGUCAUAACCCGCUAAACGACAUGCUCGCGGGGGCUGGGUCAGGGUUCAUUCGGUCGGGCCUGGGUGCUUAUGGCGAGCGUCUACUAGGAAGCAGUCGCGCCUACGUUCAAAACAACGUGGGCAAGUACUUUGCAUCCACUGACUUUCAUUACUACUUCCAUGUCAACGACGCCUACGUGCGCAACAAACUCAAAAUCAUCGUCUUCCCGUUCCUACACAAGGGUCACUGGACACGGGUGGCGGAGCAGGUGGCGGGGGGGCUGACGUACAAGCCGCCAUGCAAUGACAUCAACGCCCCGGACCUCUACAUCCCCGCCAUGGCCUUCGCCACCUACGUGGUGCUCGCUGGUCUCUCCGCUGGGCUGCUGGGCAGGUUCGCUCCAGCAUUUGUGAAUGCACGUGUUGGCAAGGGAUUAAUCGGAUGGUUUUUGGAGGUGCUGCUGCUUCGAACGAUACUCUACUCGUUGGCAUCAGGCGAUGCGCCGUUGCUCGAUCUUGUGGCAUACGCUGGCUACAUGUUUGUUGGCAUCUCUCUGACAAAUCUUUCUUGGGUCGUCUGGCGGAUGGCCUACUUUCCGGUUCUGAUUUGGACAAGGGAGGAGUAA